UUAUCAUCUUCUGCACACUAGCAGUACUGCUGGCUGAAGCAGACCUAGAUGCAGUUAAUGAAGGCCUUCAAGCCAUGUCUACAGGAACAGAUCAGGACUCUACCUCUGAUGAGGCGCCAACUGAAAGCAUGAACUCUGUGUCACCUGACCAGCCCAGCGAUGAGUCACAACAUGAUAACGCAGCCCCAUCUGAUGCAAGCAGCACAAGUGCAGAAGCAGGUCAGGCUGCUGGGCCUGAAGUCAGUGAUGUGACAACAGCUGAUGGAACAAAAUCCAGCACAGAAGAACAAGAAGAGAAUGAGAGUCCAGAGUCAGAAGAAGUAGUGAAGGCAGUUCCAGUGCAGCAUGCUACUAAAUCACAAACUGCAAACCAACGCAAGCGCAGUAAGCCUGUUGUGGCCUCCAAAAAGAGGACGAGACCCGUUCGCCCCUGA